UUUCCUUUUACUUCAUUUUACUGUAGCACUCAGAUUUGUUCUCUCUCUACUAGUUUAACCAUAAGCGAAGCCAAUUUGGCUGAAAGUAUAUGAACGGGGGCGGCUAGCAGUGACUCCAAGUGAAGCUGGACUGAACUUACCGGUGGACUAAACGGUGACGAGGCUAUGACAAUACGUGCAAGGAAUCCGGCAAUUGGGCAUCGGAGAGGGAGACCCAAAUUCGCAUCCACAAGCAACUCAUACUCCAAAGUUCUAUUCCCAAUCCGUUUGUCCAUGGAUUCCGGCAUCGGAGAGGGAGAGAGUUUGUGGUUUUCAUGGAUUCUGGCAUAGGCAAACAGUAUAUAGAGAGAGAUUGCUAAGGAUGAGGCACUUCAUCAUCUCUAUUUCUAUGGCAAAUUGAGCAAGUUUCUUAGGUGGGUUUUCAGUUAGACUCAAGUUUUGGUGUUUUCUCUGUCUGGAGAUUGUUGAGGAUGGUGUCAAUGACAUGCCACAAUCUUGAAUUUGGUCGAACUGGGUUGGAUUUGAUUGCUUGUGGGUGUUUUUCUAAUGCUUCGUUUGGUCGAUCUUCAGUAAGAAACUAUGCAAACUGCAAAGGGAAUGUUUGGGAGUGGUGGUGGAGGCCAUGGGGCUCGGAAAUUGGUGAGAUGCCGGCGUGACACUGCUCGGUGCCGCGUGUUUUCGACAAAGAGCCUAGAGACUCAUCAUAAUCAAACCCAGAUUAAAUAUAUAUAUAGAGAGAGUGAGAAAGAUAAAAAAAAAAAAAAAACAGAAAAAAAAAUUUAGAGAGAGAAAGAUAACAGGAAAGCAAAAUUAAAAUUAAAAUUGAAAUAAUUAAACUUACUUUCUGCUUUUUACUUUCAAAAUAUUAAAAAUAAAAUCUUCUUAUUAAACAUCAUUUUACUUUUGAAAAAAAGUAAAAGUAAGAAAGUGAAACUUAGUAAACGGGCCAACCCUUAACGUGUGUAUGUGUGCGCGCGACUUGUAUUAUGUGAAGUCUUUUCAAUUAAUAGAUGCUUGGAAAAAUACGACAUGAAACUCAUUGUCUGAUCUAUAUAUAAGUCAGGGCUAAUAGCCCUCUCUCAAGCACAAACCCAACCUUUCUCUUUCUUUUUUUCUUUUUUUCCUUUUCUUUUCUUUUCCUUUCCAUUGAUUUGAUCAAAACUGUUUGAGCUUUAAAAAUGGCAGCUUCCUGUGUUUACGAUGUCUUCUUGUCUUUCAGCGGCUUUGAUACUCGCAAGACAUUUACUGGUCACCUCUUGGAUGCUUUGGAUAAGCAUGGUUUUAGCACAUUCAGAGAUGACACUAAACUCCCAAGAGGUGAAGAAGUUGGUCCUGAAUUGUUGAAAGCAAUUGAGGAAUCAAUAGUUUCCGUUAUCGUAGUCUCGAAAAACUAUGCAUCCUCGAAAUGGUGCCUUGAUGAGCUUGUCAAGAUCAUGGAUUGUAAGACCACACUCAACCAGAUUGUUAUUCCCAUCUUCUAUGAUGUUGAACCUUCUAAUGUUCUAUAAUGGUUAAAAAAAAAAAAAAGAGGUUAGAUUUUUUGGUGGUGGGACCCACCACCACUUAUCUUCAUUUUGUGGCGUUACUUCUCUCUCUCCCGAUCUGGUUCUCUCCCCUCUUUUCUGUUUUUUUUUGUUCUUUUCUUUUUUUUCUUUGCAACAUUCAAGCUUCAAUUUCUCUUUCAUUCCUUGGAGUUUUUGGGUGCCGUUUGCGGCAAAUCGAAGAGCUCGGUGAGAUCUUCAAGUUGAUGUAAGCAAUUUCAGCUUUUGGCCACUCUAAGAUUCCGAAAAUUUGAACCCAUUGGAGGGUUUUCUACAAAAUUGAGGUAGGGGUGUUCUAAUACCCAUUUCUUUAAGCUUUGUGAGUAAAUCUUCUUUAAUUGAUGUACAAACAUGCUUAUAUUGUGCUAAAUUCUUGAGACGAAAUUUAUAUAUUGUAUACAUGAAUUUUUUUUUUAUGUUGUAGAAAGUGUGUGAUUAUGUAA